AUGGACGACCUUUACGAUGAGUUCGGUAACUUCAUCGGCGAGCCCGAAGACUCGGACAUCGAACAGGAACAGGAUGUCGAUGCCAACGACUAUCUAUACGACCAGGACGAGCCGGAUGAGGUUGCUGCUUCUCAUGAUCAGCAGCUGAUGGAAGUGGAUGAUGAAGGUCCCUCGAAUGCCGUCGUUCUCCAUGAAGACAAGCAAUAUUAUCCCACCGCACAACAGGUCUAUGGCCAAGAUGUCGAAACUCUGGUACAAGAGGAGGAUACUCAGGCCCUGUCACAGCCCAUCAUCGCGCCCAUCGUACAGAAGAAGUUCACUAUCGAAGAGGCAGACCUGCCUCCUGUUUUCUUCAGCCGCGAUUUCAUGACCGACUUGAUGAACUUCCCCGAUCAAAUUCGCAACGUUGCCUUGGCUGGUCACCUACAUCAUGGUAAAACGGCUUUCAUGGAUAUGCUCGUCAUGCAGACACACAACAUUCAAGAGAAGCUGGACAAAAGAAAGGGACGCGACCGAGAUGAGCAAUUGAGAUAUACCGAUACACAUCUCCUGGAACGCGAAAGAGGCGUGUCGAUUAAGACCGGUCCUAUGAGUUUGGUUCUGCCUGCGACGAAGGGAAAGUCGCAUUUGAUCAACAUGCUGGAUACUCCUGGUCACGUCAACUUUGCCGAUGAGGUUGCUGCUUCUCUACGCCUGGUCGACGGUGUCGUUCUAGUCGUUGAUGUUGUCGAGGGUGUACAAGUCCAAACCGAAAUGGUCAUCAAGCACGCCGUCCUCAACCACCUACCACUGGUUCUUGUCGUGAACAAGAUGGAUCGUCUGAUUCUGGAGCUCAAGUUGCCUCCUGCUGAUGCCUACUUCAAGCUCAAGCACGUCGUCGAGGAGGUCAACACAGUCAUCGAGAACACUAUUCCCGGCCAAGGCGAGAAGUACCGCGUCAGUCCCGAAAAGGGCAAUGUUGCAUUCGCCUGCAGCAUGAUGGGCUGGUGUUUCACUCUUCCUUCGUUUGCACACAUGUACGCCGAGACGUAUGCCGGUAGUGGCCUGGAUGUCCCCGAAUUCAGCAGAAGACUAUGGGGCGAUAUUUACUACAACCCUGGAAGUCGCAAGUUCACUCGUCGUGGAACAGAACCUGCUAGCAAGCGUUCUUUCGUCAACUUCGUCCUCGAGCCUAUUUACAAGCUCUACUCACAUACCAUCAGCGAAAGCCCUGAAGAUCUCAAGAAGACGCUUGAGAGCCUGGGUAUCUAUCUCAAGCCUACACAACUUCGCGCAAAUGCCAAGGAUCUUCUUAAGAUGGCAUGUGAGCAAUUCUUCGGUCCUGCAACUGGCUUCGUCGACAUGGUUGUUGAUCACAUUCCGUCACCCGUCGAAGGAGCCAAGCAGAAGCUGGACAACUACUACACAGGUCCUACUGACACCAAGACUGCUGAAAGUAUGCUUUCUUGCGAUCAGGAUGGUCCUCUGAUUGUUCACGUCACCAAGCUUUUCAAUACCACCGAUGCAACUGGAUUCAACGCGUUUGGUCGUGUCAUGAGCGGCACAGCACGCCCUGGCCAGAAGGUCCGUGUGCUAGGCGAGGGCUACACAAUCGAAGACGAAGAAGAUAUGGUGGAGGCUACAAUUUCUGAUGUCUGGAUUGGUGAGUCACGAUACAACAUUCCUACCAGCGGUGUGCCCGCCGGUAACUUCGUCCUUCUUGGAGGAGUGGACAACUCAAUUGUCAAGACUGCCACAAUUGUUGCGCCAAAGCUCCCAGAAGACGAGGAUGCAUACAUUUUCCGUCCGGUACAACACUUCUUCGAGUCUGUCUUCAAGGUCGCUGUUGAGCCAAUCAACCCAUCUGAAUUGCCGAAGAUGCUUGACGGUCUCCGCAAGGUCAACAAAUCAUAUCCCCUCAUCACAACGAAGGUCGAAGAAUCAGGAGAGCACGUCGUUCUGGGUACUGGCGAACUGUAUAUGGACUGCGUCCUGCAUGACUUGCGCAGAUUGUAUGCUUCAAUGGAAAUCAAGGUCUCGGAUCCGGUCACUCGCUUCUGCGAGACAGUUGUGGAGACAUCAGCCAUCAAGUGUUACGCAUUAACGCCGAACAAGAAAAACAAGCUCACAAUGGUCGCCGAACCUCUGGAUGAAGGCAUUGCCGAGGACAUCGAGAGUGGCAAAGUGAACAUCAGAGAUCCGGUACGAAAGGUCGGCAAGUUCUUCGAGGAGAACUAUGGGUACGAUCUGCUCGCCUCGCGCAACAUCUGGGCUUUCGGACCUGAUGACAUGGGUCCCAACAUCUUACAAAACGACACACUACCUUCAGACGUAGACCAGAAGCUCCUCAAGAGUGUCCGAGACACCAUUCGCCAAGGUUUCUCAUGGGGCACGCGUGAAGGACCGCUUUGUGAAGAGCCCAUCCGCAACACAAAAUUCAAGAUCACCGACGUCGGCCUCGCACCGGAAGCUAUCUACCGCGGUGGUGGCCAGAUCAUUCCCACAGCUCGUCGUGCAUGCUACAGCAGUUUCCUGAUGGCCAGCCCCAGACUGAUGGAGCCCGUGUACAGCUGCUCGAUGAUCGGCAAUGCAGACAGUGUAAGCAGUUUGUACACAGUCCUCGCCAGACGUAGAGGACACGUUCUAUCCGAUGGCCCCAUCGCCGGCACACCCCUCUACAAGGUCUCAGGUCUCAUUCCUGUUAUCGACUCCUUUGGUUUCGAAACCGACCUUCGCAUUCACACCCAAGGACAAGCCACAUUAUCACUUGUCUUUGACCGCUGGAGUAUUGUACCUGGUGAUCCACUAGAUAAGAGCAUCAAGCUCAGACCACUGGAACCUGCAUCUGCACAAGCGACAGCUCGCGACUUUGUGCUCAAGACACGCAGGAGGAAGGGUCUUGCUGAGGAUGUCACUAUCAGCAAGUUCCUCGAACCUGAACUCUUCAGGAGUAUGAAGGAAAGUGGCAUCUUGGAUCAACCUGCGUAA